UGCAGCUACGGCUCGCCAAGCCUUGAACAGCCUCCGGUGACCCGGUAAGGACAAUUCAUUCCUUUCAAAUUGGCGUUCCUCUCACCGUAUUGGGGGUUCACUUCACAGGCGAUGGCUCCCUUGCGAGGUCUCUGGCUGUGUCUGCCUCUGCUGUGUGCCGAGCUCCUCGCCUCCCCUCACCGCUGCGUUUUCGAUGAGGUUCAGGCUCGGGUGCGAGUGGUCCGCGCCGCCCGGCGAGCUCGGGCGCUGAGCCCGGGUGAGGUCGCGCCCAUGAGGAUCGGGACCUGGAUUUCCGGGGAGAGCCAACGCCUGUCGGAGCGCGAGGAAGGGCCAAUGAGGGCCACCGUGCAACGGGCUGUGAGGACAGUGGCGGCGUUACUCUCGGUGGAGAGAGCCUCAAGCCCUUUGUUGCUCAGGAGGGACGUCAACAAAUACUGCAGGUUUCUGUGGAAGAAUCCAAGCACUGUCAACUACAACAGGUGUGGUCGAGCCAACAGCAACUACAGACAUGAGACGUGUCUGGACAUGAAGAUCCCGGAUGAUCACCUGGCUGGCUGCGAAGUCCACCCGCAGGCCAACGCCGCUCGCCGGGUCACUCUCAGGCCACCGGGCUCCGGAGUCCCCGACGUCGACUUCCUGGUUUACCUCCAAGUCCAAGCGUCGGACAGGUGCAGGGCGCAGCCCGGCCUGUUGGCCUACGCCGCCCACUGCCAGACGGACACCAGCGGGAGACCUUUGGCUGGCGUUGUGGUCAUUUGCAGGGAUAGACUCACAAGACUGACUGUCCAGACCGUGGUCCAUGAGCUGUUCCACGCGCUGGGCUUCUCCAAGGAUCUCUUCCCCACGUGGAGAGACUGCUUCUCAGCCAGUGCCGCCUGUUCUCCUCGGGGCAAAGUGACUCACAUGGACGGAACGGGCCAGAUGAGGAUCUACACUCCAUCCGUAAUCUCGGCCUUGCAAAGGCACCUGGCAGCCGUCGAUCCUGAGCUGGGGGGGCCGCUCGAGAACUCUGAUGCACCCCCGGGCGGCGUUUCUUCCCACUGGGAGUCCCGACUUCUGCAGGGCUCCGUCAUGUUGGCGAGCCAGCCCGGCGCGACGCGCAUCGACCCGCUGACCUUGGCCGCGUUUCAGGACAUGGGCUGGUACACCGUCAACACCAGCCGGGCCCAGAGUCUCGUCUGGGGAGAGGGCGAAGGAGCUUUGUUUGGUUCCACGUUGACCUGUGCUGACAACUCAUCCUCCUUCUUCUGUACCGGCAGUGGACUCGGGUGCCAUCAUUUACAUCUCCGCAAAGGGAAGUGCCAGACUGAUCCCUUCCUGGACGGCUGUCGCGUCUACAAAGCUUUUGAGAUGGGAAGCGAGUGCUGGAAGAAAGAAAACGAGAGGAAGUCGAGUGAAGAACGCCGCGGCGGGGAGCUUUUUGGCUCGGACAGCCGCUGUUUCUUCUCCGAGCUCACUACACUUAACCAGAGUGCAUUCAUAGUGACGGGACGCUGUUACAGACACAAGUGCACAGGACCAAACCGCUACCAAGUCCAGGUGCUGGGCUCCGAUUGGGUGGAGUGCCCGGCAGGAGGCAGCAUUCAGAUAAGAGGAUACCAGGGUUCUGUUUUCUGCCCUGACAAGAGGUUGUGUCUGGACUCCGAUGUCAGUCGUCCCUCAGAGGCUGAUGACGUUUUCACCACAGGUCUACUGGAUGGCACGUUGCUCCAGGAUGACACCCGGUCAGCGCACAGACCCGCUGCAGACCUCCCGGUGGCCACGGGAGUCUGUCUUUUGGCCCUGCUGGGUCUUCUUGUGGUCCUCGGUCUUGCGAGCUCCAGAUGUUCUCCCUGCAACAUCCGGAUCCACGCGGCUUCGGGGGAUGUUUAACAAUACCCUCUUUCUGUGCCACAGUUUAAAAAAACCUGGUCAUUUGUGGUAUGCUUUGAAACUAUGAAUACAAUAAAGAUGACUAAAUUGAC